UAUAGCAAGGGAUGCAGUUUUCCAGCAGUUCUGUUUUGUAUAAUUACACCUUGGCUUCUUAGUGCAAGAUUUGAAUGGAUUUCUGCUUAGCCUGGCUAUGCUUUUGUCAAAAGGAGAUUUGUUGCAAAUUAGAGGGGGAGAGAUAAUGCCUUUAAAUCAGAAAGUAAUAGAGGAUCAGAAAACCUUUCCGCUGGUCUGGAGAGCUGAACAUACAGGACAGGUUUUAUCUGCAAUGGGGGAGGGUAGUACAGUGGCCUCAAAGUGCCUUUUGGGCAUCAGGUUCCAGGAAAGCCACAGAGGCAAGACAUCUUUUUUGGUUUUCUGGGGCAAAUCUAUUAAACAGUAUGUUGUUUGCUGGGUAUUAGCGUCUGAGUAUCUGAAACUGAAAGCUGCCUAUGUAAAAGAGACUUCCGACCACUUUUCCUCCAUAGUAGGUUACUCCUGUGCCCUCUGCUAACACGUCCUCAUUUUCCCACUAGUGAGUAACUGUGCUAUGUAUUUGGACACCGUCCCGCAUCCCUAGAACUGGCUCAGUUUCCGUUUUCUGUGGGUAAUUUAUGGAACAUGCAAGGAAACAGAGGAUGACUGAAUGGUAGGAGCGGUAGGAACGCUCAUCGCUCAGCAGGUGCUAGAGCUGCCUGGCGCUGGUUGCAUGGCUGCGGGGCAUUAGGACCCAGACGUUGCUGAGUGGAGGAGGCUGAAUCCCCCUCCCGCUGUCAUCCUCGCUGCCUCCGCAGCUUUAUUCCUCAUCUCCUUCAAUGGUGACUGACUACCUCCCGCCUGGUCUGGCAGCCAGAGUGAGAAGGCCUCGCUAGGACUGGCUCCCAGGAUUGGUCCCCGGCAGCUCCAUGGCAUCUCCCAGGACUAUCACCAUCGUUGCCCUCUCCGUGGCCCUAGGGCUGUUCUUCGUCUUUAUGGGGACCAUCAAGCUGACCCCUCGGCUCAGCAGAGAUGCUUACAAUGAGAUGAAACGAGCAUACAAAAGCUAUGUGCGGGCCCUCCCCAUGCUAAAGAAGAUGGGAGUCAGCUCCAUCCUUCUCCGCAAGAGCAUUGGUGCCCUAGAAGUGGUGUGUGGCAUUGUCAUGACACUGGUGCCUGGUCGCCCCAAAGACGUAGCCAACUUUCUCCUCCUUCUCCUUGUGCUGGCUGUGCUCUUUUUCCACCAGCUAGUGGGGGAUCCACUCAAGCGUUACGCACAUGCCCUAGUCUUUGGGAUCCUGCUUACCUGUCGUCUGCUGAUUGCCCGCCAGCCUGAGGAGCAGCCACCAGAAAAAAGGAUCCUGUCAGUGAAUGGGGAUGAGCUACCACUCAUCCGUGAAGCAGCUCCUGAAAAAGGCAAAAUGAAGGUAUCCUAGUUGAGUGCGUGUGAGAAACAUGGACCCUCAAGGCAGCUCUCUCCAAAAUCACCCAGAAAAUUUGGUUUUUAUUUACCUAUUUAUAUUUUUUUCUGUCUAAAUAAAGUUGCACGUGGGGUUUGAGACAUGCGGUAUGUCUACACUGUAGUCUUGCUUUUGCUGCUGCCCUGUAACAUAUAAAAAUACUAGCUAGCUUCCACCAGGACAGCUUGGAGGCAAUUAGCAGCCUGGCUGGAGUAGUGCUGGCCUCAGCAGGAACUGCAAAACCAGCCUGAGAGCAUGGGCAAAGACUUGGGCAGGUAGUCAUGCUUACUCAGCACUGGUGCAGUGGGGAGAUUAGUCCCUGAGCAUCAGCCCCAAGCCCCAUGGCAGCUGAAACCUAGCCUGGAUGCAAUUCUGCUAUGUGGCAGUCUGAAUUCCUGUGUGUUAUAUCUGAAGUAUUACGGAGUGUCAGAAGAAGCAUGUGUUACCUCUGAGUUUGUUUUUCUUGAUGUUUGUCUGGUUUCAUUUUUUUCUUAUUUUUGUAAUUAUUCAUGAAAAUAAACUUUUUGAAAUUUGGAGAAAAAUGUC